AUGGUCUCCCUCAAAACCCUCCUCGGCGCCGGCCUGGCCGCGACCUCGGCCCUCGCCAACCCCAUCCAGUCCAUCGACUUCACCGGCUCCUCUCUCGCGCCGCGCGCCGACCCGAACCUGACGGGCUACCUCGGCGCCUUCUUCCUCGGCGCUGAUCCGUACGUCUACCUGUACCUCUCCAACGGCAACAACCCGACCUCGUUCCGCGCGCUCAACGGCGGCUCGCCGGUGAUCCGUCCGACAAAGGGCACCGGCGGCGUGCGCGACCCGGCCAUCGUCGAGGGCGGCGGCGCGCAGAAGGGGAAGAAGUGGUACAUUGUAGGCACGGACCUGGAUAUCGGAAAGACGACCUGGGAUGCGGCCCAGAGACAGGGGUCCAAGGGCAUCUUCGUCUGGGAGAGCACCGAUUUAGUAAACUGGAGCAGCGAGAGGCUCGUCGUCGUUGAAAACGCCAACGCUGGCAUGGUCUGGGCCCCCGAAGCCAUCUGGGAUCCGACCAAGGGGCAGUACCUCGUCCACUGGGCGUCCAAGUUUACUUACAUCGACAAGUCGCCCACCAACAUUAUUGACCUCAACAUUCUGCCGACGUCGUCCGACGGCCGCUCCUUUGUGCGCUUCCUCAAGGACGAGAGCCUCAAGACCGUCUUCGUCGAGGUCACCACCACCGGCCUGUUCGGCACGUGGACGCGUCCCGGCGGGAGCUCCGCCAUCAUAGCCAGCGGCGUUGAGGGCCCCGCCGCCUACUGGGACAACCAGGUCGCCGGAAAGGCGCACGUUCUGCUCGACUUUUAUGGCGAUGAUGGGUACCGUCCGUACGAGACGACCAACGUGGCCAGCAACUCGGGGUGGACCGCCAGCUCGCGGACCGGAUUCCCUAGUGGGCUGAGACACGGCGGCGUGCUGCCGAUCAACCAGACGGUGUACGACGCCUUGGGAAGACGCUGGGGUUGA